AAUUCUAACUUUGUUCAGAGUGAGAGACUAUCUUCGACCAAAAAAAGAUAGAGAUUGAGAGACCAUCUCAGUUCCUCCAUGGCAGCCCAAGGUGGCUCUUCUUCUGCUGCUCAGGCGGAACCAUUUGUUGAAAACGAAGAAGAGUUGAUAUUUGGAGCUGAAUCGGGUUGGGUGGAGGCCCGAACAUUCUGCGAUCACCUGCCUUCCCUGUCCACUGAUCUUGCUCACAUUCCCGCCCCUGAUACUCCCUGCAACAGAUGCCAGCACCCCAAUGAGAACUGGUUAUGUUUGUGCUGUAAGGACGUCCUGUGCAGCCGUUUCGUGAACAAGCACAUGCUUCAGCAUUUUCAGCAGACAAAUCAUUGUCUUGCUCUCAGCUACAGUGAUCUAUCAGCUUGGUGUUUCUCCUGCGAUGCAUAUUUAGAUGCUCAAGUAAUCCCACAACUGCGGGGUGUAUAUGAAACUGCCUACAUACUGAAAUUUGGAGAGGCCCCCCCGCUCCGGACGGUUUAAUAGCAAACUGAGAGUUCAUAACUGGAGGUGGUGAUCAAAUUCAUUAGACUUACAUUACACUAGUUGGAGUUUUUCUUAUCAGAUGAGGUUCCUUAUGCAAAUAUGUACGUCAUCCAAAUGACAUAAUAGUAAAGUUCAAUGGCAAAUUCGGACAAUCAUGGAUUGUAUUGUAGUUAUCAAGUCCUUUGAACUACUAGCUGUUAUAUAAUUUGUUGUUGUAUGUGUC